CAACACACACACAGCAGGCAGACCGGCGGUCACAGAGGAUGUACUAUGACACUUUCAAAGCAUUACCUGUUGCUGUCUGAGCUCUCAGACAUGAACUGCAAAGUCCCAUUCCACCCAUUUCACAUGCAGGGUGUGAACCAGGAGCUCUCGGAGGUGCUGAACCAGCUCUGGCGUCUGGAUACCAACCGUCUCAAACCAGGGACGGAUUACCGCAUCUCUCUUCAGGGGAGGGCAGGCUAUGUGGCCCAGGGAAGUCACCAUGCCAGAGACAGAGCCAGGGCUCCGCUCUUCUCCUACGUGAAUGAAGACAAACUGAAGAGUAUUGAGACCUACGCUCAUUUCAUCAACCUGCUGGACAACUACGAGAUGUCCACAGGCGUGUCGGAGACCGUGACUUCAGAGGAGCUUAGAGAGAACCACCUCUUUCUGGACGCCAUACUGGAGACCGACGUCAUGAAGCAUGCUCACAAAUAUCUGGUGAGCAAGGGGCAGUCACCAUCAGACCAGACGCAGUUCAAGAGGCAGCUGUACGACAUCUGGUUCCGGCUCUACCACAGAGACCGGAGCGGAGGUCAAGAUUCCUGUGGGUUUGAGCAUGUGUUUGUCGGGGAAACCAAGUCCGGCCAGGAGAUCAUGGGCCUUCACAACUGGGUCCAGUUUUACCUGCAAGAGAAGCACGACCAUGUGGACUACAAGGGCUACAAAGCGAGGGACAACAAAGACACACCUGAUGAAGAUGACCAUGUCUUGAACCUGCAGUUCAGCUGGAAGGGGCUGGUGAAGCCGGUCGGCGGCUCCUUCAUCGGGGUCAGUCCUGAGUUCGAGAUGGCUCUCUUCACCAUACUCUUCCUCAUAUCGACUGAGAAAAUGACGUCUGAGGUGGUGAAGGUGGACGAGUACGUGAUGGAGCUGGUGGUCUACCGGCAUGGGCGGUCCAUCGGCACCUCCUUCCCUAAGCUGCUCAGCAGUAACAACAGAGAUUUGUAACAUCGCACCUCUCUGGCCUGGAAAACAGUUUACAGCUGUCAUGCAGAUAUAUCUUUUAUAACUUUAGAAACAGUCCAUAGGCAGUGUAUUUUUUUUAGACAACCCCAGAUCAGAUUCAUUUGCACUAAACUUGGGCUAAAACUAACUAAGAGAAGGUAACAUUGUAGCCUACACCUUCUGAUCUGGGUUGUUAAUGAUCACACUUAUGUCAUGUUUUGUAUGCAUCUGUAAAAUGAAUGAAUAAAUAAAUAAAGCUGUU